AUGGCGAGCGACGACGCCAAAGAGAACAUCGCAGACGGACUGGUCGCCGGCUUGACUUUCAAGGCGCCGUCCGAUCCAUCGCCGAAGAAGUCGCGCAAGAGCAAGACGCGUAGCAAGAGCAUUGGGCCUAGUGGGCUCAGCGACCUCGAAGAGAAGCCGUCUAUACUCAAGGAGAGCAAUGGGAACAGGCGCAAGUCUGCCUUCAUUCCCGCAGUCAAGUCAAUCCUGGUGUCGAACGACAUCGACGAGAAGAAGCGGCGCGAAGCACGUCGCAAGUCGCUAGCACGGCGACGCGUCUCUUUUAACCCGGAAGCAACACUGCACAGCUGGGACGUGGUAGCAUAUGCGCGCGAUGAGACAUCUUCCACCGUAUCAGACGCGACGCGACGAGCGUCCUCUGUAGCGCAAGAGCCCGCGCACCCAUCUUCAGACGCCGAAGAGCCUCCGUCUACGCCACCAGAGCGCGUCGAGGAACCAGAACCCGAAGUCGGAUCGUCGCCUGCCAACCAGCGAGAUGCGCACAAGAAGAAGAAUCGCCGCAGCUCGGGCAUCCCGCCAAUGAACUUCAACAACCCGGAUGACAUCGACUCCUCCAGCCCUUUGAUUGAAAACACAUCUCCUGCAAAGGAUACACCGCAAGACGAUCUCGAAGAGGCGCCCGAGGACAACGAUUCACAGAGCAGCGCACGCCUAGAUGCUGCACUACGACAGGCUUCUCAACUUGCAGGCACCCAAAAGCUAGAUCUGGACAGUGACGAAAACAUGUCUAUGGUUGGGGCGGAUGAUGAGAUUACAGCGUCAUUCAAGCCGUGGAUCCAGAAGGACCAGCAGAUGACUUUCAAGGACCAGGAAAAUGACGACCCUUUUUCGAACUCUCCUACAGGCUCAGAUGAGGGUGGAGAGGAGGAUCUGAGCAUGGACAUUACACGCGCUGUUGGCAAGAUUAUUGCUCAGCCAGAGCCUGAGAGCCCCGGCUCGGAUGACAUGAGCAUGGACCUUACAACAGCUAUUGGCAGCAUCAAGGAAUCAUCAUCCAAGGAUUUACCUAACCGCAGGAAGAGCCUCAAGCGCCGCGUGUCUAUGCUUGAACCCUCGCGGGGUAGCCCAGCAAAGCGACCAUCAAGCCGGAGGACUAGUCUUCGCUCCCAAACCAUUGCAGAAGAUAUCUCAACGGACGACCAGACCAUGGACUUCACUGUGGCUAUUGGAGCCAUCAAGAAUGAGCCUAUGCCGAAUGUUCAACCACCUUCUAAGAGAACUCGUGCAAGCAUAGACAGCUCACUUGGAGAUCAAACCAUGGAUUUCACUGUUGCGGUAGGCAAUAUUAAAGACAUGAAACCGGCUAUGGAAGAAGGCGCUUUGGAAGAAAAUGAACCAGACGAAGAGGACGAGGAUAUGGAUAUGUCGAUGGAGUUCACAACAAUAGUCGGCCCCGGCAUUAAACGCCUCGGCAAAGUUCCGAAACAGACAGAGGAUGAAGCUGUGACUAGCCCAACUCCGGUCAAGAGGAACGUUUCUACGCCCCAGAAGUCACCCAGGAAGUCGCCAGGCCGACUAAAGUACCCAGAUCUGACCGCAGCGCUAUCGGAGAGCGCACGGAAGGCGCCCAAGAUAACGCCGUCCAAGUCGCCUCGUCAGCCCCGUCGUAGUCUCAAUAUUGCUACCCCGGAGAUCAAGCCUGUAAAGCAGCGUAUUGAGGACUUUGAGCCUUCGCCAUUUGUACGAAGAACGCCGCAAAGUGCUGCAAAGCCCACAGACGUCGCUGUCACACCUACCUCACAGCCGCGAAAUGCGCGUCUGGUCGUACCCGACGAUCCUAUCGAGGCCCCUAUACUCAAUGAACGACGCUCAUCUUUAUCUAACGUUCAAUUUAGCCCCCUCGCUCAAGUAGCUGAAGAACCAACGCUCCGGAGCACCGCUAUACUGUCGAACAACAUCAAGCUCCUUUCGACACCCAGGAAGCAGACACUGACCUCUCCCGUCAAGCGAGGAAUGACCCCUAAGAAGUCGCAGACCCCACAGAAGGAGGCAACACCGAAGCAGAAGACGCCGACCCCGAAGAAGCGAACUCCUAGAAAGAGCCUGAGCCCCAGGAAGAGGGUAGUAUUCGGGACCGAGCCCGAAGUCGAAGACAAGGAAAACGUGCCCGAGCAAAAUGUUGAUGAAGAUCUGGACGAUGCUGAGCGGAUCUCGUUGCAAGAAUUCCUGGAACUGACGAGAAUUCGGUUCAUGGAGGUGAGCGCAACCAAGCGUCGACAUACUACUGCACCUGCGGCAUUCCACGAUAAGGAGAUCGAAGAGGAGGAACCGUCGCUCGAUCAAUACGUAGUCGCUGGCGCGUGCACGAUUCCUGAGUUCGACUUGUAUACGCACGCCUGUCACGAACUGAAGAAGUUCAUCUCAAGUGGCCGAAGCUUCGUUCGGACUUUAGAAGAGAACGUGGAGGAAGAAAAUCCCUUGCUCUUUUCCGAGUACCUUACAGCACCACCCGAUCAACGUGCGAUAAUGGACAACCAGUUCAAGAACUUGAAGACCAAUGCUCGUCUCGAGGCUCGUGGAGAGUGGUACACAUGGAGGACUAAUCUGCUUCGGGAUCUCAAGUCUAUGCUUGUGAAUACUAUGCAUGGGUUCAAGCAGGACGAGUCCGUCAUUGCAGGUCAAGAGCAGCUUCUGGGUGAAGCUUUGCCUCCUCUGCAGGAGAUGCAGGAGCGGCUGGACAGAGAAUGUCGACAGCUACAGCAGCGGCAUGAUGAGUUGAACAGCUGUAAUCUUGAAGAGCUUGAACAGGCACGAGAUCGACUGGUCAUCGUAGACACCGAGUUGGAAGAGAAACGUCAGCUUGUUGCUGAGAUGCAGCAAGAACUUGCCGAUAAAGAAGCACGCAUUGAGGCUGUAAAAGAACGCAAAGUCGAAUGCAUCGCAGAGACCAAAGCCGCCGAGCGUGUACGAGAGGAGUAUCGUGGAUGGUCAACUACUGAAGUGAAUGGGCUCCAUGCCAAUGUCACUGCGCUCGAGCAGAAGCACGGAUGGAGCAUCACUGCCGCUUCUGGAAGCAUGAUCACUAUGACUUAUAUGAACGACCUCGAACUCUACUUCCAGCCAUCUGCUUUCGCCACCGGUGCCGAAUCUCCCAACGCGUCCAUCUCGUUAACAUACGUUGGCGAUUCGGCGACUCCACACCCGCGGCCACUGACCACUAGCAAGCGUUUCUUCCUCCAACUCAUACGUGCCCAUCUGCACUGCAUCCCCCAGUCACAGACCCGCGUCAAGGAUCUCCUCGACGUAAUCAAGAAUGGCUGGGCGACCGCAUCAGCUGUCGUGGAGGGCGUACGUUGGCUGGAUCACAGCUACAUCACCGACGAGUCUAUCUUGUCAGAUGAACGCAUGGCUGUCUCAUCUAACAUGCUUCUCCCUACACUGCAGACAAAGGUGAAAGUCACCUUCGAGAUUGGCGUCAGUCUCUCGUCCGUUGGGGUAGAUACAGAAGUUGUUGCCAAGGCAGAGGUCGUCUACGGUGAGAAGUUCAAGACGGAGAGAAUGGGUGCGUAUCUGGAGCAUAUUUGUGGGGCCAAGGUCAAGCAAGAGAAAGACAUGUCGAUCUGGGCCGAUGCGUGCGUGGAGCUAGUAGAGAAGCUGAAGGCUACGGGAAGGAAGGGCGAGAGGGUGUAG